UCCCAGUGACUACAUAGGCAGCCGGUGCCAGUAUCCAAAUCCCUGCAGUCCUUCGCCAUGCCGCAACGGUGGCGAAUGCCGUGCUGUUUCCCAUAGCAACACGUUCGAUUUCCGCUGCGUGUGCCGCCUGGGUUUCACUGACCGACUGUGCCUGACCCCCACCAACCACGCCUGUAUGAGCUCCCCCUGUCGCAAUGGAGGAACAUGCCAUCUCAUUGCCCUCAAUGCCUACCGCUGCGACUGUCCACCUGGAUGGUCUGGUAAAACCUGCCAGGCUGCCAACCCAUGUGCUUCCAAUCCAUGUGCAAAUGGUGGCCUGUGCUCAGCCUUAGAAUCCACCUACAUCUGCAAAUGCCCACGCGCUUUUACUGGUCAAACCUGCAAGCAGGAUGUGAACGAGUGUGCCCAGACUCCCUCUCCCUGUCUCAAUGGCGGCGUAUGCGUGAAUGAGGUGGGCUCGUACCACUGCCGUUGUCCUCAAGAGUACACAGGCCAGCACUGCGAGAACCCCUAUCUGCCAUGCAGCCCGUCACCAUGCCAGAAUGGAGGCACUUGCGUCCAGAAGGGGGACACCGCUUACGACUGUAGCUGUCUUCCAGGCUUCACAGGCCACAACUGUGAGGUCAACAUCGAUGACUGUCCAGGCCACAGCUGCCAGAACGGUGGUGUUUGUGUGGACGGGGUGAACACCUACAACUGCCGAUGCCCACCUCAUUACACAGGUCAAUACUGCACAGAAAAUGUGGACGAGUGCGAGCUGAUGCCCAAUGCAUGUCAGAAUGGCGGGACAUGCCAUGACACGCAUGGUGGCUAUCACUGCGUCUGUGUAAAUGGGUGGACCGGCGACGACUGCAGCGAGAACAUUGAUGACUGCGCCAGUGCAGCUUGUCACCACGGUGCCACCUGCCACGACCGCGUGGCCUCAUUCUUCUGCGAGUGCCCUCAUGGACGCACAGGUCUGUUGUGCCACCUUGAUGAUGCCUGCAUCAGCAACCCAUGCCAGAAGGGCUCCAACUGCGACACCAACCCAGUCAAUGGCAAGGCAAUAUGCACCUGUCCCCCAGGUUACACUGGAUCGGCCUGCAACCUGGAUAUCGAUGAGUGCUCUCUGGGUGCCAACCCCUGUGAGCAUGGCGGUCGCUGCCUCAACACAAAGGGCUCCUUCCAGUGCAAGUGCCUCCAAGGGUAUGAAGGGCCUCGUUGUGAGAUGGAUGUCAACGAAUGCAUGUCUAAUCCUUGCCACAAUGAUGCCACCUGCCUGGACCAGAUUGGAGGGUUCCACUGCAUCUGCAUGCCAGGAUAUGAGGGUGUGUUCUGCCACAUCAACACAGAUGAGUGUGCCAGCCAACCUUGUCUCAACAAUGGCAAAUGCAUUGACAAGAUCAACUCCUUCCACUGCGAGUGCCCCAAAGGCUUUUCAGGGAGUCUCUGUCAGGUGGACGUUGACGAGUGUGCCAGCACACCCUGCAAGAAUGGAGCUAAAUGUACUGAUGGACCCAACAAGUACACCUGUGAAUGUGCUGAAGGAUACACAGGGCAGCACUGUGAGAUUGACAUCAAUGAGUGCUACUCCAAUCCCUGCCACUAUGGCACCUGCAGGGAUGGCCUGGCUUCCUUCACCUGUCAGUGCCGCCCAGGCUACACUGGCCGCUUGUGUGAAACUAACAUCAACGAGUGUCUAAGCCAGCCCUGUAAGAACGGCGGCAUUUGCCAGGACAGGGAGAAUACAUACAUCUGUUCCUGCCCACAAGGCACUGCGGGUUUCAAUUGUGAAGUGAACCUGGAUGACUGCAAGAGCAAGCCCUGUGACUACGGGAAGUGCAUCGACAAAAUAAAUGGCUAUGAAUGUGCAUGCGAGCCCGGUUACACAGGAGCAAUGUGUAACAUCAACAUUGACGACUGUGCCAUCAACCCCUGUCACAAUGGAGGCACAUGUGUGGAUGGCAUCAAUAGCUUCACCUGCCUGUGCCCAGAGGGAUACAACGAUGCCACCUGUUUGUCCGAGGUUGACGAGUGUAGCAGCAACCCCUGCAUACAUGGCAGAUGUCAGGACCUUCUUAAUGGAUACAAAUGUACCUGUGACUCUGGCUGGAGCGGCCAAAAUUGCGACAUCAAUAACAAUGAAUGUGAGUCCAACCCAUGCAUGAACGGAGGAACCUGUAAGGAUAUGACCAGCGGAUACCACUGCACGUGCCGAGUUGGCUUCACAGGUCCUAAUUGCCAAACUAACAUCAAUGAGUGCGCCUCCAACCCCUGCCUCAACCAGGGCACUUGCAUCGAUGAUGUGGCUGGAUACAAGUGCAAUUGUUUGCUGCCUUACACCGGGGAAAAUUGUGAGACUCUACUGGCCCCCUGCACUCCCAGGCCAUGUAAAAAUGGUGGAAUAUGUAAAGAGUCGGAAGAUUAUCAAAGCUUCUCCUGCCUCUGCCCUGAAGGAUGGCAAGGUCAAACAUGCGAGAUCGAUAUCAAUGAAUGUGUGAAGAGCCCAUGCCGCAAUGGCGCCCUUUGCCUCAACACCAUGGGAGGUUACCAGUGCAAGUGCCAGCCGGGUUACUCUGGCCAGAAGUGUGAGACAGACAUCGAUGACUGCAAACCAAAUCCCUGCAGUAAUGGUGGCCUGUGCCGCGAUGGCAUCAACAGUUUCACAUGCACCUGUCCGCCCGGGUUUCGUGGUGGCAGAUGCGAGCAGGACAUAAAUGAGUGCGAGAGCAACCCGUGCAGGAACGGGGCCAACUGCACCGAUUGUGUGAACAGCUACACCUGCACCUGCCCACCUGGCUUCAGCGGUAUCAACUGUGAGAUCAACACAAACGACUGCACUGACAGCUCUUGCUUUAAUGGCGGCACCUGUGUGGAUGGAAUCAACACUUUCACCUGCUUGUGCUUACCCGGAUUCACAGGCAGCUAUUGUCAAUAUGAUAUCAAUGAGUGUGACUCCAAGCCAUGCCUCAAUGGAGGCACUUGUCUUGACAGUUAUGGGACCUACAAAUGCACCUGUCCUCAUGGCUACACGGGGAUCAAUUGUCAGAAUCUUGUGCGCUGGUGUGACUCUGCUCCCUGCAAAAAUGGAGGCUCGUGUUGGCAGCAAGGGGCCUCCUACACCUGCCAGUGUCAGACUGGAUGGACUGGCCUCUACUGUGACAUCCCAAGUGUUUCCUGUGAGGUGGCAGCUAAACAGCAAGGUGUUGACGUGGCUCACUUAUGCCGGAAUUCAGGCCAGUGUCUGGAUGCUGGAAACACGCAUUAUUGCCGCUGCCAAGCUGGCUACACUGGCAGUUACUGCCAGGAACAGGUGGACGAGUGCUCACCCAACCCUUGCCAAAAUGGAGCCACCUGCACUGAUUAUCUAGGAGGCUACAGUUGUGAGUGUGUCCCUGGCUACCAUGGUGUGAACUGCUCAAAAGAGAUCAAUGAAUGUCAGUCUCAGCCCUGCCAAAAUGGAGGGACCUGCAUCGACCUAAUCAACACAUACAAGUGCUCGUGUCCCAGAGGAACACAAGGUGUCCACUGCGAGAUUAACUUAGAUGACUGCAACCCCUCCAGAGACCCACUCACUAAUGAACCCAAGUGCUUUAACAAUGGCAAGUGUGUGGACCGCAUUGGAGGCUACCAGUGUGUGUGCCCACCGGGUUAUGUAGGUGAGCGCUGUGAAGGGGACGUCAAUGAGUGUUUGUCAGAUCCUUGUGACCCCAGAGGCUCCUACAACUGCAUCCAACUCACCAACAGCUACCGGUGUGAAUGCCGCACUGGGUAUACAGGCCAGCGUUGUGACAAGGUAUUUGAUGGCUGCAAAGGGCGACCUUGCAGAAAUGGGGGGACAUGUGCUGUUGCCAGUAACACACCUCAUGGUUUUGUCUGCAAAUGUCCACCUGGUUUCACUGGCUCCACCUGCGAGUAUGACUCUCGUGCCUGUGGGAGUCUGAAUUGCAGGAAUGGUGGCACGUGUGUGUCAGGCCACCUAAGUCCACGGUGCCUGUGUCCUUCAACCUUCACCGGGCCUGAGUGCCAGACUCCGACUGACAGCCUCUGCAUCUCGAACCCCUGUUACAAUGGUGGCACUUGUCAGAUAACUCCAGACCCUCCGUUUUUCCAGUGUAGCUGCCCCAGCAACUUCAAUGGUCUGCUCUGCCAUAUACUUGACUACUCGUUCGUUGGCGGGUUUGGCCGGGACAUCACCCCACCUCCGGAGGUGGAGAUGAGCUGCGAGAUUCCACAGUGUGACGAGUUUGCAGGAAACCACAUCUGCAACUCAGUGUGCAACAACCACGCCUGCGGCUGGGAUGGAGGAGACUGUUCGCUUAAUUUUGAUGAUCCGUGGCAAAACUGCUCCUCUGCUUUACAGUGUUGGCGAUACUUCAAUGAUGGGAAGUGUGAUGGGCAGUGUAAUAGCCCUGGGUGUCUCUAUGAUGGUUUUGAUUGCCAAGGACAAGAAGGACAAUGCAACCCUCUAUAUGAUCAGUAUUGUAAAGACCACUAUGCUGAUGGUCACUGUGACCAGGGCUGCAACAACGCAGAAUGUGAAUGGGAUGGACUGGACUGUGCCAACAACAUGCCAGAGAAACUGGCUGAUGGACAUUUAGUUCUUGUGGUCCACAUCCCACCAGAUGAGCUUAAGAACCGAUCUUCAGCCUUCCUCAGAGAGCUCAGCAGUGUCCUUCACACUAAUGUGGUGUUCCGCCGUGACGCCAAAGGAGAACCCAUGAUCUUCCCUUACUAUGGCAAUGAGCAAGACCUUGUUAAGCAUAAUGUGCUGAAGCGCUCUGCAGAUGGGUGGCCCGACUGGGCUUCGAUGCCAGCCAGUGUUUUGGAUCAAGUUAAAGAGGGUGUGUCAUCCAUCGUCAGCUCCCGGAAACGCAGAGAGUUGGAUCCUUUGCAAAUCAAAGGGUCUGUGGUGUACCUGGAGAUUGACAACCGUCAGUGUUACCAGCAGUCUACUGAAUGCUUCCAGAGUGCCACAGAUGUAGCUGCAUUCCUUGGAGCACUGGCCACCAGUGGGAAUCUCAAUGUUCCCUACAUUGAAGCUGUCACAAGCGUGAGACCUACGCCCUCUGAUUCAGAGCUCUACCCCAUGUAUAUAAUCUUCCUCGGUUUGGCUGCUCUGGGUUUCAUCUGUCUGGGUGUUCUGGUGUCCCGUAAGCGGCGACGAGAGCACGGCCAGCUCUGGUUUCCUGAAGGAUUCAAAGCAUCGGAGCCAAGCAAAAAGAAACGCAGCGAGCCACUGGGAGAGGAUUCUGUUGGCUUAAAGCCAAUGAAACACUCGGACAUGAACCUUAUGGAUGACAACCAAAAUGAAUGGGAGGACGAGGAUCCGGAGUGCAAGCGCUUCAGGUUUGAGGAACAGGCCAUGUUGGAUUUGGGUGAUCAUACAGAUCAUAGGAAAUGGACACAGCAACAUCUGGAUGCAGCGGACCUGCGGAUUGAAUCCAUUGCUCCUACACCUCCUCAGGGAGACAUAGAGAAUGGAUGCAUGGAUGUCAAUGUCAGAGGACCAGAUGGUUUUACUCCCUUGAUGAUCGCCUCCUGCAGCGGUGGAGGACUGGAGAAUGGCAACAGUGAAGAGGAAGAGGAUCCAUCGGCAGAAAUAAUCUCUGACUUUAUUUACCAGGGCGCCAACCUCCAUAACCAGACUGACCGUACAGGCGAGACUGCCCUCCACCUGGCUGCCCGCUAUGCCCGCUCAGAUGCUGCCAAACGCCUCUUGGAAUCCAGCGCAGAUGCCAACGUUCAGGACAACAUGGGUCGCACACCGCUUCAUGCAGCCGUGGCAGCAGAUGCACAGGGAGUGUUCCAGAUUUUAAUCCGAAACCGUGCUACUGAUCUUGACGCCCGCAUGCACGAUGGAACAACACCAUUGAUUCUGGCGGCCCGUUUAGCGGUUGAGGGCAUGGUUGAAGAACUUAUCAACUGUCACGCCGAUGCUAAUGCCACAGAUGAAUCUGGUAAAUCUGCUCUGCACUGGGCUGCAGCUGUAAACAAUGUGGAGGCUGCUGUGGUACUGCUGAAAAAUGGUGCCAACAAAGAUAUGCAAGAUAAUAAGGAAGAAACGCCGCUCUUCUUGGCAGCCCGUGAAGGGAGCUAUGAGACAGCGAAGGUUCUUCUGGAGCAUUUUGCCAAUCGCGAGAUCACUGAUCAUCUUGACCAGCUGCCCAGAGAUAUUGCCCAGGAACGCAUGCACCAUGACAUUGUGCGUCUUCUGGAUGAAUACAAUGUGGUCCGGAGUCCUGGGCUUCAUAGUGCACCCCUAAGCACCUCCACCCUCUCCCCACCUCUCUGCUCCCCCAAUGACUAUCUCAGCAACCUCAAGCCAAACGUUUCGGGCAAGAAGAUUCGUAAGCCUAGCUCGGGUGGAAAAGGAGGAAAGGACAACGGCAAAGAUAAUAGGCUGAAGAAGAAAAAGUCAGUGGAUGGGAAGAGUAACUUGCUAGACACAUCAGGUGUCCUCUCACCAGUUGAUUCCCUCGAGUCACCCCACGGCUACCUUUCCGAUGUUGCCUCGCCUCCCAUGGCUUCCCCCUUUCAGCAAUCGCCCCCAAUGUCUUUAAAUCACCUGCAGGGGAAUGGAGAUUCCCAUCCUGGCCAGAUGAACAUGGGUAAGGAUCUGAGUUGCAUGGCUUUUGAUCCUAACCCACCCCGUCUCUCCCAUUUGCCUGUGUCCAGCCCCAACAGUCAGGGCGCAGCAUCUAUAGGUGGUAGCAGAGGGGGGCAGUGUGAUUGGGUCUCCAGGAUGCACUCAAGCAUAGGCCAGCAAGGAAGCUUCACCCAACCACCACAGAUAACCCAUAACAUGAUGGGUCCUCUGCAUGGUGUCAGUACUGCCACCCUGUCUCAGAUAAUGGGCUACCAGAAUCUGCAAACCAGCCAUCUGGGCUCGUCCGCUCACAUGAUGCAACAGGCUCACUCGCGGCAGCUCCAGCACCAGAACUCUAACAACACCACAGCCGCUCAGUCCCUCAACCAGAGUUUCCCAACUGUUGAGCUGAAUGGAUCUGACAUGCAGCAAAACAACUGCUCAGGCCGCACCAUGCCCAUCCACACGGUGAUGCCGCAGGAGACCCAGAUUCUUGGCACCCAGUUUCUCACCCCUCCAUCUCAGCACAGCUAUUCAGGCCCAAUGGACAACACACCUAGCCACCAGCUACAGGUGCCUGACCACCCAUUUUUAACCCCCUCCCCUGGGUCCCCUGACCAAUGGUCCAGCUCUUCCCCACAUUCCAACAUGUCUGAUUGGUCAGAGGGCAUCUCCAGCCCUCCCACAAGUAUCCACUCGCAGAUGAAUCUAAUCCCAGACCAGUUUAAGUAAAAACUUGUAAAAUGGACUGAACUCUUGUGUGGACUACAUAAAAAUAUCCAAUGUUCACCAUGAAAGACACAGAAAAAACUUGUUUCAAGACUGAACAUGUUCUUUUUUUCUAUUAUCAGUUUUUAUACUAAUGACAAGAACAAUUUUAGUAAUUUUGUAUUUAUUUAUGUGCUUUUUUGACCUGAAAGAUAAAGAUGUUUUUAUAUUUAUGCUUUUAAAUUUUUAUUGUUUUGGGGUUUUUUUGUUCUGUUUUUUUAUGUAUGGGAAGACUAGAACCCAUAAAAGGGAGUGUAUAUCAGAAAACAGCUCCUGAGUGUGUACACUGGCUAUUUAUUUCUGUCUUCUGUUGAUAUAUUUACUCAAUUUAUUUUAAUAUUUUGACGUAUUGGUCUUGACAGAUUUUAUCCUUGGGUUGCUUUAUGUUUGUACUUUUUAAAAAAAAUUAUAGAUUAUUUUAAAGUUUCAGUAUUAAUUAUAUUCUAACCUCGUUUGUCCUUUUAAUUUCCACAAUUUUUGUUACUAAACUACAUUUCACUAAGUCUUAUCAGAGUCUGCUUUGAUCAGAUUUGUACAUAAAGCAUCACCUUUCAUGAUGUUGCUUGCUACACUAUUCUCUGUAAAAAAUAAUGGUGGAGACAGUAACUGAGCAAAGGUAUCAAAGAUAUAAUACUUUAAAAAUGUUGGACCUUAAAGCACAGAACAACUAUGUCCUGUCGGCUGGGAGCUGCUUUUGAGAAUAUGAGAGUAUAAAUCAUCUCAGUAAAUCUGAGCCUAUUCUAUUGAAUAGCAGUCUUGGCUGGCAAUGAGUAAUAGAUUUGUGGUCAUUUGUGAUGCAAGGACUGUUUCUUUAUUGCAUACUUUUAUCACAAAUCAACGAUUACAUGUUUAACCUGUUUUGUGUUAAAUGGCAAACCUGUAGUAGAACACUGAAAUGUUACAUUUGCCACAAUUUCAAAUAGUGCCAGUGCUUUUUGAAACGCAGUGUAUGUGUGUGUGAAUUUUCUUGUAAAAAAUGUGGGGCAGAAAUUGUGAAGGAAGCUGGGACCUUUGUAUGUUUAAUAGAAUCACCUGCACUUUUAAAGGAGUGUGGUUUAAGGUGUUUAAAUGUCACGUUUUAUAAACUAAUCCAGAGGUAAAGGUGUUUUUUUUUAAGAAAAAAUAAUGAAUUCAAAAUCAAACUUCAUGCAAAGUUGUAGUUUGCUAAGAAAUAUUUGCUGAAUAAAAAUGUUUUGUAAAAAUUGUCUUGAUUCAAUAAAAGCUAUUGUUAAACUUUAAAA